CCUCGCUUCUUCACUUCUAAUGUUGGAAUGUUGGGUUCAAUUUGUACUUCCCUGGAAACAUAGUUGAUAGUUGUAGACCUGAGUCUUAGGCUGCAAUGAACCAGCAAAGAUCAUCUUCAAUGUCGUCCUUACAUUUUGAUGCAGAUCAUUUGACAAGUGAUCCCUAUCAAAAUGAAAGAAUAGCUUUGAAAAGGUGGAACGCCAACUAUGACGCCAUUACUAGGAGCUGGUGCGAUCAGAAACCUAGGUAAAAUGCUUUUUGUACAAUGUCCAAACGCCACAGUAUCUUCGUGAGGUUCAUUUCUUUGUCACUGAUUUAUAAGCAGUAUGAAUUAAUAUUUUAGCUCUAUUUUGUUUUCUCAAGAUUUAUUUGGCAAAUUAAUUCCUACAGUGCCCCAAUUUCAACUCAUUUUUUUGGUAUCCAUGAAAUGGAAUCUAUACAAUACGGAGUAUAUAAAUAGAGCUUCAGAGCAAUGGUCGGUUACCAUUUCAAAAUUUCUCCCCUUAAUUACCCCCCAUUUAGGAGAGUGGAACUGUGAAACUAAUAAAAAGCUGGAUGUUGGGGAAGUCUACCCCUUCGGCCCCUGUUAAUGAAGCUUGAGUUUGAAAUAAAAGAUGGAACAUGCUAAAUCAAAGACUAGGGUAGUUUCAAAUGGUGAUGUACGCAUGCAAAGAAGAAUUCACUGACAAGGAAAUGUAGGAGCAAUAUUAAACGGAGUAUCCCUAUAAUUUAUAGAGAAAAAAAAUAGUACCUAGAAAUUAAGAAUAGUUGCAGUGGAGAGUUCCAGGGAUAAAUCUGUUCGUGAAAACUUAUUAUUGGUGUAUUAAUAUUUAUGUUCAAAUUAGCUUAUGCAAAGACAUAUAUUGUCCAUAAUAGAAAAAUCUAAUUUUGUGUGUCUAUUACAUAUGCACACACUCACACACAAGACGUGCCUAUAUAUAUGUAUAUAUGUAUAUAAAAGUUUAAUACAUAGUAUAUAUUGCUCUGUGUUGUAAUAUGUGUCUCAGUCUUUCAUAUACUCCCUCCGUUCCCAAAAAUACUUCCCACUUUUCUUUUUGGGCCGUUCCCAAAAAUUCUUCCCACUUUCCCUUUUUGGACAAUUUGUGUGGCUCACAUUCACUUUACCUUUUUCUCACACAACCACAACCACACAAUCCCACUUUAUUCCACUUUCUUAUUAGGCGUGCCAAGUCAAACCGGGAAGAAUUUUUAGGAAGUACUAAUUACUAAAGAUAAUCUUCCCGGUACCAAGAUUUCUGCAAAAACUGAGCACUAUUAAUGCAUAUUUUCUGUUAUCCGCCAUUGGGUGUACUCUUUUUCCUCCAAAAGGUAUUAAGUUAAGAAGGAAUCAAACUCAAGAAAACAGAACUUUGGCAAAAGAGGAAAAAAAUAAAAAAGCAGAGAUUUGUUCACAGGACUCAGUACAUUGUAGUAUCUCUGCCCGUAUCCUGGUAAUUAUGUGCUGUAUUUCAGGUCUGAACUUUUUUUUCCUGUGCUGUGUUUGUUUCUCUGAAACGAAAAAGAAGAAGAGGAAACAAGAAAAUUCUCUUCUUUGUUGGAGUUAAGUGUAUGCAAGACUAAAUUGCUCUUGAGAGUUGAGACCAUAGAAUCUGUAUUAGCUCUCUCUUUUAAAAUGGAACUCAAGGUGCCCAGAUUCUUCAAGGUGUUGCUUCCUGGAUUUCAUGCCAGACUGAGGCUUCCACCGAUAAUAUCAAGGAAACUGGGGGAAAAGGAAGCAAGAAAAGUUAAGUUGAUAACAAAAGAAGGAAUCUUUGUGGUCACAAUCCAGAAAUUACAAGAUGGGAGGCUGUGGUUCACCAACGGGUGGCAUACUUUUGUCCUCAAACAUGGCCUUGUAGCUGGACAAUUUAUCACUUUUAAACACAUGGGUAGCUCUAUUUUCAAAGUCAAGGUGUUAAGAUUCUUCAAGGUGUUGCUUCCUGGAUUUGACUGUCUGAGGCUUCCACCUAUAAUGUCAUGGAAGCUGGGCGAAAAGGGAGCAAAAAAAGCUGUGCUAAUAACUAAAAAGGGAACCUCUGCGGUCACUAUCCAGGAAUCGCAAGAUGGGGGGCUGUGGUUCACCAAUGGGUGGCAUGCUUUUGUCCUCAAACAUGGCCUUGCAGCUGGAGAUUUUAUCACUUUUAAAUGCAUGGGUAGCUCUAAUUUCAAAGUCACAGUUUAUACUCUGACCUGCUGUGAGAAGGAUUUCAUUGAUGAAAUUGAGACAGAAGAUAAGGCUGAUACGGGGGUGAAUAAUGCCACACCAUCGGUGAAGUCUGAAGCUGAAGAAGUGCCUCCUCAUACUCAACAUCAUUUUCAUAUGAGUGAUGGUUCAGAUGCCAGGAAGUUCAAUUUCUAUGGGAGGGAGGAAGAUGAUCAGAAUAUAUAUUCUGCCAAACUCAACCCAAUCAAUAAAAAACACUUCGAGGAAUCUGCUAUGAAGGUAGAAAGGGAUGAAGACAUUAUCACUUAUCAACUCAAUGAUAAUUUCCCUGCCCAAGAUGGAGAGAAAGGGCUAUCUCCCAGUACUACUCGAUCUUGCGAUUCAGUUAAUAGGCAACUGAUCCCCUUUCAAGUUUAUGAUGGGAAACAAAUCUCCCUCAUAAAACCUCAGAAUAAUGAUAUAAAAAGUUGUUCUGCAAAGUUAAAAAUGGAGGGCGAUGUGAAAAAAGUGGACGUUAAAAGUAAAAAAGUACCUAAGGUGAACACAUCUUCUCCUGAACAAAAUCUGCAGUUUUCAUUAAUAAUGAAGUCAUACCAUCUCCGUCAUCGAUCUCCUUAUAUGCAUGUCCCUGCAGGAUUUUGUGUGGCAAAUGAUCGAUAUCAAAAUGCAAGACUAACUCUGAGAGGGCCAAUGGUUGAGCAAGAAGUCAGCCUUCGGGUUUGCAGGGGAGGGAGCACCAAAUAUGCAGUCAUUACCAGGGGUUGGCUGGAGUUCAUUGCAGGAAACAAACUCGGAGUGGGAGACACCUGCCUCUUCAAACUUCAGUGUGCUGGAACUAGUUCAGCUGGUGUUGUGUUGGAUGUUGAGGUUGUCCCAGCAUAAUUACAGGGUUAGAUGGAAAUUUACCCAAUUUAUAUACACGGACUGACUAAUGUAGUAAUGUGGUUAACUUAAUAUUGUCGUUCUUUUGAGACACUGAUAUAGGAAAUUAUUUGUGUGUUAGUGAAUGUUAACUGUUUUAGAUCGGUUUUACAUGCAAUAUGAUGUUCCAAUUUGAAGUCAAGCAUAUGGUAUUCAUGACAAGUAUGCAAUUACAUAUAUAGAGAAGUUGAGUCUUCUGCUAAGAAGAGAUUAAGAUAUUGGGAGAAGAAGAAU